AUGGAAUCCAGCAAUACGAAAGCCUCACAUCCGUUGGCGAUCAACCUCUUCAAUGCCCAAGAUGACGAAGAAGACCUCUUCUUCAAGAAACUUCUCACAUCCCUAGUAGAAGGGGCAGUCCCCCCCUCACAGGCUGCGAGUACCCUCGACAAACGCAUCGUCGAAACCUCAAACAGAGAAUUCGAACAGCGAAAGAGCCAUUCGGAUCCGUGGAAUGUACCUUCUCCCAGCGACCCCGAUUCGUCUUGGGCCGCACCAAACCCAGAUGGGACAAUCAGUCUUUUCUUCGAGUCCUUCGCUCGGCUAUGCUCGGUAUAUCCACCAGGGCACGUAGGCCAGGACCGCCUCAUCCAGUUUCUGGAGAGCCUGAGAGAGAUGCCGCGACAUGUAGUCCCGAGUUAUCUUCCAAAUGACCCCCCGGAACCAUACUACUACAUGCUGGACCUCUGGCCGUUCGGCGACAGCUGGCUGGCGCUGACAGAGGUCUUCCGAAUGACAGCUGAAGACUGCGCAUAUCCCAAUGCCACCUUUGCAGUUCCCGGCAGCGACAUGCAAGUCGGCUGGCGGAAUUGGCAAUCGGCGCUUGCGCGCAUCACGGCGCGGGGAUUCGUCGACUGUAGCUUUCUGUGUGCAUUGGAGGGGAUUCUUCCACAACCCAAGACGCCGUCUGCCAGCAGGGUUUCUGGAGAUGUAAUUGGCGGCGUACAAUGGAUCUUACAGGCGGAUACGGGCCGGUAUAUCUAUGAGCAAUGUAAAGCGGUUCCCCGUCUUCUCGUGACGGACUCGCGAGCCAUGUGGAGCUGGGAAAGGUGGGAGCAGUGGAAAGAGCAGCUGAGGAGCAUUGCGGGCGAUGAUAAGUAUUUCCCGGAGGCUCAAAAACUGGCCAAGUUGGCAGUCGAGCGGAUGGAAGCAUUAGAGGCUGAACAGCAAUGA